AUGCCUUCACGAGCGAAGGCCUUUCUCUUCGUCGCGGCCCCGAAAAACGAUAUGCGACAUCUCCUCCCUCCCGAACCGCAUAAUCCCAACUUACCAGUGCGCCCUCAGGUCACGCUAUCCGCUAUUGCCCUCGCCAAGUACCUCCACAACAACUACCCCGAACUCAACCUCAUCUUCGAGCCCCAGACGGCCCACGAGAUCCACGACUCCCUCCCCUUCCCCGUCUAUACAUCCUACAGCACCUCCAGCCUCCUACCCUCCAAAGUAGACAUCGCCGUGACCCUUGGUGGCGAUGGCACGAUUCUGCACGCCGCGAGUCUUUUCAGCCUCAUGACGUCCGUGCCCCAAUCCUCGCCUUUAGUAUGGGCACGCUGGGGUUCCUGGGCGAGUGGAAGUUUGACGAGGAAGGCUCUCACCGAUGCUACAACCGCCGCGGCUGCAACAACGACGACUGCGACAACCGAGAGGGCCACCGAGGCCCGUGUGAGCGACGGCUGGGAUGUGGUCCGGGGCCAGAGCCUCGGCAGUCAACGAGCAUCCCAGAUGCUCCUGCGUCAUCGCCUCAAAGUCGGACUCUACGACUCCUCUGGCGAGAGCCUCAAUCACGAGCUCAUACCCAGGGUGACUACCGAUGCCCAUCAGGCCCCUAUCCCCAGCCUACAUGACGCUCUCACAGAGCCUGCGGGCGCCGUAGUGCAGCCAACCCCCGAGUCCGUCCACGUGGUCAAUGAGCUCCUCAUCCACCGCGGACCCGACCCCCACCUCGUCAUCAUGGACAUCUUCCUCAACGGGCACUUCCUCACCGAGGCCGUGGCCGACGGCAUCAUCGUCUCCACCCCGACGGGGUCCACCGCCUACAGCCUCAGCGCCGGCGGCUCCAUCGUCCACCCGCUCGUCAAGUCCAUGUCCAUCACCCCCAUUUGCCCCCGCAGCCUCAGCUUCCGACCGCUCAUCCUCCCCUCAACUCCAAGAUAG